GCCAUUGAUUUGAAGCCAGCUCUGGAAACAGAGAGAAUUCAUUCAAGUUCAUCCAGUGGUCAUUUGAAAUCAUAUUUUGUUGGAAUGGGGUUUUCACCAUCCCUUGUUGAUAAAGUGAUCAAGGAACAUGGUGAAGGUGAUGCUAACCUGCUAUUGGAAACUCUCUUUACAUAUUCUGCUCUUGAGAAGUCCAGUAGUCCCAAAGCUUCAGAUUCUAAGGAUGGAUUAUCUGGUUCUGACAAGGAAGGGGGUGAUUCACCUCUUAACUUUACUUCGGAUGAUGAAGAAAUGGAGGGGCACACUGAGCCUGUUAAUGUUGACUUGGAUGACAAGAGGUCUUACUUGUUAAUGAUGGAUUUUUCAGAGGAAGAAGUUGCCAUGGCAAUAAAUAACCUAGGUGAAAAUGCUCUUCUUACAGAACUUGUAGAUUUUAUAGUUGCUGCACAAACAAUAGAUCACUCUAAAGAGAAGGCGCUGAAUGGCUUAAUUCACAUUGAUGACGGGAAGAAUAAGGAAGCUACUACUGAAACUCUGUUUGGCACGAUGGACAAGACUCUUUGCUUGCUUCAGAUGGGUUUUACGGAACGUGAAAUAUCCAUUGCUGUCGACAAACUUGGAAUAGAUGUUCCCAUUCGUAGGCUUGCAGAAUCAAUAAUGUCUAGCAGGUUGCCAAAUACAGCUGUCAAAGAAGAAUAUGAGGUAACUGACCCAGUAAUUACACACACACACACAUCUGCAACCUUUUGUGUUGCUGAAUAUUGGUAUCAUUGUGCACUUAGCUCUCUUCAGAUCCCUUGUUCUCAGGGUACUUGGUCUACUUUACUGUCUAUGUCUUUGACAUUAUAUGUGAACGCAUCUGAGUUGGUCUAUGCCUCUGUCCAAUCUUAUCAAAAUGAAUCGAAUUGGGAGAAGAAUGCAUCAGAAGGAUAUUCAAGCGCAAUUGGGUCAUGUUACGCUGAGCAUAACUUUUACGAGGAGUUCAGAAACCCACCGGGCACAAGUUGGAUCAAGGAAGAAACACCCAAUCUGACAGCUCCCAGUCACCUACACUCAGAUGCAUCAUGGAUAAAGGAUGAAAUUCCUGAACAAACAGCAUCCUAUGUGCAGAGGAAUGUCCCGGCAAUCCUAUGCAGACCUCCGUAUUUCUUCUAUGGAAAUGUCAUUGAUACUCCUCAGGUGACGUGGAAAAAGUUAUCACAAUUCCUGUAUGCAGUUGAGCCAGAAUUUGUGAAUUCUCAGUUCUUUUCGGCCUUCAUCAGGAAAGAGGGAUAUCUUCACAAUCUACCUACUGAGAAAAGGUUUCAUAUACUGCCAAAGCCACCGAUGACAAUUGAAGAUGCACUGCCACAAACAAAAAAAUGGUGGCCGUCAUGGGAUACCCGGAAGCAGAUAAGCUGUAUUAAUUUUGACAGUACUGGUAUCACUCGUUUGUGCGAGCGGCUAGGCAAGAUGAUGAUGGACUCACAAGGAGUGUUAUCCAAAGAACAACAAAUUGACACUCUUCACCAGUGCAAGACCUCGAACCUUCUAUGGGUCGGCCCACACAGGCUGAGUCCUAUAGAGGCCGAACAAGUGGAGCAAAUCUUAGGGUACCCAGUUCGGCAUACUGAAAUCUGGGGCAUGGAACCGUCUGAUAGACUUAAAGUGUUAAAAUACAGCUUCCAGACUGAUACUCUUGGUUAUCAUCUUUCUGUUCUGAAGGCUAUGUAUCCUGGUGGAUUACGGGUGCUGUCCAUUUUAGCGGGAAUUGGAGGUGCUGAAGUAACCCUGCACAGGCUUGGUAUUCGUCUCAAUUGUGUAGUUUCUGUCGAAUCAUCAGAAACCAAUCGGAAAAUCUUUAAGAGGUGGUGGCAAAAAACAGGACAGCCUGGACAAUUAGUGCAGAUGGGAGGUGUCGGGAUGCUGACCAGUCAUAAGCUAGAACAAUUAAUGAAGGAAUACGGUGAUUUUGAUAUUGUCAUCGGUGCCAAUCCAGGUUCUUAUACUUCCAGGACUACCAGCGCAGGCGAUUUCUCCAUGGGAAUGGACAUAAGCCUUUUCUUCGAAUACGCACGUGUACUACAACGAGUAAGGAGCAUGGCGGGGAAGAAGCAGAUGAUUUGUUAA